AUGGCUUCUGCUCCUUCAAAACCAGCCCCUAAAACAAAAGCCUGGAAGUCUGGCGUCUGUGUCCUCUGCCAAGGGCCCUUCAAGAAUCCUGUGAUCUUCGAUGGCCUGAAAUUCUGCCGCUUCUGCUUUGCAAAUGAGAAGAAGAAGAAGGGGCUCUGUGAGGAACACGGAGAGCAGCUUACCUGGUUCUGCACCCAGGAGAAAGUCCCUAUCUGUGAGGCCUGCCGGUCAUCUGAGGAUCAUGCCUCUCACACUGUGAUACCUGCUGAAGACGCCGCCCAGGAGUACAAGAGCAAACUGGAAUGUGCCGUGCCUCUGCUAGAACAGCAUCUGGAGAGAGCUCUGAAGCUGAAGAACCAGGAAGGGAAGAAAACGGCAGAGUGGAAGGCAGGUGUCCUUUUGCCAGUUUCCAAGGACCGGCUCCUGCAGCUGGAAGCAGGCAGAAGACAGGUUGCCUGA